GGCACUGUUCACUUGUGUGUGUUGUGUCGUGCGUUUCACUCCAUUCCCCCGUUCACUUUGGCGUCGCAUUCUUUGUUAUUUACUGCUUCACCGGGAAUUUUUAGUCAUUCUCUGCAGUUGCAACAGGCGAGGCAAGUCGUGCGCCAAUCUGUGCUUUGGUUACAGGUUGUUGUUGGCAUUUCUGAAGACGAUCAAAGAUGAUUAAAUCCUUAUUUCUGUGUGUUACUCUUGCGUUCGCCUACGCCACCGGUUUAGACCUUGAUGCAAAUGUCAACUCCCACAACAAAGUUGUUGUUUGCUACGUAGCAGGAUGGUCUGCAUACCGGCCAAACAAUGGUGCUUUUACUGUUGAAAAUAUUGACCCAAUGCUUUGCACACACAUCAUCUACGCAUUUGCUGGCCUGGAUAAUGUCACACAUUCAAUUCAAACUCUGGACCCUUUCCUUGAUACAGAAGAUGGAGGUGGCAGAGCCCAAUACAAAAAAGUCAUGGGCUUCAAGCAAAAACAGCCAAAACUUAAAGUUACUAUUGCCAUUGGUGGAUGGAACGAAGGAUCUGGGAAAUAUUCUGACAUGGCCUCAACCCCUGCUAAUCGCAAAGCUUUCAUCGACAGCGUUUUGACUUUUAUCAAAAAACACGGCUUCGAUGGAUUGGAUAUGGAUUGGGAGUAUCCCGGCAGCCGUGUUGGCUCUCGCCCAAUCGAUCGAGAGAAUUUCGCACUCCUACUUAAGGAAAUGAGAGCUGAAUUCGAUAAAACUGGACUUAUUUUGACAGCCGCAAUCGGUGCUGCUCCUCAAACUAUCAAUCGUGCUUACGAUGUUCCAGCGAUAAAUCAACAUCUUCAUUUCAUUCACAUCAUGGCGUACGAUUACCAUGGAUCAUGGGAUUUCCAAAUCGGACACAACGCCCCCCUCAGGUUGCCAGUCAACAGCAGUAUGAUCGAACCCGAACUUCGUCUCAGUGUUGACGAUACAAUAACCUAUCUGCUGAAACUUGGAGCAUCACCGGCUAAAUUGGUAGUCGGAGUUCCUUUUUACGGAAGAACAUUCACCCUUGUUGAUAAAAAUUUGCGUCAAAUCGGUUCUGCGUCGAAUGGAACUGGAUUUCAAGGACCGUACACUCGUGAGGAUGGAUUCCUUGGAUAUAAUGAGAUUUGCAAAGAGCUAACCGCCAAAAACCAAGAGGGUGACAAAUGGGUUGAACAAUGGGACGAAAUUGCUCAAGUCCCUUAUAUGUACAAUGGUGAACGGUGGGUUUCUUACGACAAUCAGCAAAGCGUUGCCAUCAAAGCUCGUUACGCAUUUAAUCAAGGACUUGCCGGGCUUAUGAUUUGGGCCAUAGACAACGAUGACUUCAUGGCCGAAUGUUCCAACGUUCGAUACCCAUUAUUGAGAGCCAUCAAUUCCGAAUUUAAGGCAGCUUCCAGGGACGGUGCCGUAACUGACAAGACUCCCGUUACUCAAAAACCGAAGGAUGAUAAGGACCAACAAGGUGACAAAAAGGAACCAACAUCUGGCAAUUCCGGUAUCAAGGGAUUUUCCAUUAAUAUUUUCGUGUGUGUUUUAACACCUGUGAUUUUCACGUUUUCUUUUUUACAUUGAGUAAAUGUUGAAUGGGAUGUAUAAUUCCUUCUAAAAAAAUUUAUCGUAUGACAUCUUUUAAUACAAUCUUUUAAUGAUAAUAA